CCAGUGGCGUAUACCAAGUACAAGAAAAAUUGCUGUGAUAACUGAAACAAACUUCUUACAAUAACUUCGCCACUGGGAUUAAAGGCACCAAACAGGAAGGUUUAACUUUGAGAUGAGCUUAACGAACGUUUCUACUUUGAAUAAUGUCUGUAAAUGUCCAAAUGUUACUGGCAAUUGCUCAUCGGAUUUAUACGACAGGAUGAAAUGGGUUGAAAUCGUCCAGGAUUUUGCCCCAGCCGCCUUCUACGCUGACCGCAUCGUCACACCUAUCUGGUAUGUGAUCGGUUGCCUCGGGAACGUAACGUCUUUGAUCAUUUGGUCAAACAGAAGAAUGCGCAAAAACAACACAUCAGCUUACUAUCUCUGCUGCCUUGCUCUCUCUGACUUGUGCUUUUUAGUACUUCAUUUGCUAAUGGAACUUAAGAUUGCUUGGGGCCUUCGAACAAUUGAUUAUCAAGUUGUUUGCGAGAUAUUCAUGGUGUUAUAUUACACUCCACAAUAUCUUUCUCCAUUGCUUAUUCUAGGAUUUACCGGAGAACGUUUUAUGGCCGUUUGCUACCCUCUCAAAGCAGUCGUAUACUGCACCAAAAAGAUUACCCUUCGACUGAUUUUUAUUAUGAGCUCUCUAGCGUUUGCCUUGUGCAGUGUCCAAGCUUAUCUCUGGAAAUAUGAUGCCAUUUCUGAAGAAUGCAUCUUUCGCCCAGAGGCAUUUGUAGGAAGCAUGGCAUUUGGGACAUGCUGGACAUGGGGAACAGAAAUCCUUGGAUUUGCAGUUGUGCCUGUUGUUGUGAUUGGAUUAAAUUUAGCUGUUAUAGCAUCAAUAUGGGGUUCCCCUUUUGCGGGAAAAUCGUCGUCUCACGAGUCAAUUGCAAUGCAAGAAAUCGUCAAUCAUAAGAAUGUCCAGAAAGGAAAGGCAUCCCGUUCCAAAACCAAAACAACAUCGACACUGAUGCUGCUGAGUGUUUCUUUCUUUGCAAUAGGCAUGACUCUGCCGGCAACGAUUGUAUACGCCGUAAGUAAUUUCAUAGCCGAGGGUGACCCGUGCCUGUCUGACAGCCAUGUGAGGACGGAUUCAACUUGGAAGAUGUAUUUUGGGUAUAUCACGGCAAGAAAGUUGAUCGAAGAAAUAUGCCUGUCGCAUUAUGCUUGUAAUUUCUUCAUUUACAUUUGUGGAACUAAAUUCAGAAAAGCCUUUCGUAACUUUUGCCACCGCAAAGCCUUUAGCUCAGAUUUCAAUAGAUUUUCAAAAAAGAGGGAAUCCAGUAGUACUGACACAUUCGUCGCCAAGUCAACUUUACAUCGCGUGACCAAGCAUCCCUAUAAUUAA